CACCCCUCCUCCUCCUCCCUCUCCUCCUCCUCCGGUAGAUCUCUCUCUCUCGCUCCCUCGCUCCCUCGCAGCAGAGCCUCCUCGUGCUGCGGCCACGCCGACCGGCAUUAGAAGCGGCGGCGUGGCGGAGAGGUGGUGGGCGGUGGCUGGGUAGGUGGUGAGGGGCGGGUGGGCGGCUGCUGCUGCGGCGGCGGCGGGCGUCGCGGCGAUGUAUAAGAACCAGCUCCAGGAGCUGGCGCAGCGGAGCUGCUUCAACCUGCCGGCGUACACCUGCCUGCGGGAGGGGCCCGACCACGCGCCGCGGUUCAAGGCGGCGGUCAACUUCAACGGGGAGCAGUUCGAGAGCCCCGGGUUCUUCACCACACUCCGACAGGCCGAGCACGCCGCCGCGGAGGUCGCCCUCGCCGCGCUCGCCCGGAGGGGCCCCUCCUACUCCCUCGCCGCCCGCAUCCUGGAUGAAACAGGUGUUUACAAGAACCUUCUACAGGAAGUAGCCCAGAGGGUUGGAGCACCAUUGCCUUCGUAUACAACAGAACGAUCUGGGCUUGGCCACCUGCCGGUUUUCACAUGUACAGUAGAGUUAGCUGGGAUCACAUUUACAGGUGAUCCUGCUAAGAAUAAGAAGCAAGCUGAAAAAAAUGCGGCUUCAGCGGCCUGGUCUUCACUGAGACAAUUGGUACGUCAGGAGGCAAAUUCAUCGAAUGAACCUGAGAGCAAUGAUGAGCAGGAGCAGAUCAGGAUUGCUCGAGCUCUUCUCAACUAUCGCCUGAAAGAGAAGAUGGCGAUGGCCAAUAAUCCACAUGCUUCGCCUUUUCCCAAGAAAUUUCCAAUGCAACCAGAGCGGAAGACAGCGUUUCCUCAAUCCUCUCACUCCAGCUACUCGAAGAUUCUCCCUCUAUUCCGCCCCAAGUCUAAUUCAAGAUCAAGACCAGAGUCACCAGCAGCAUCUGAUGCAGCAUCACAAACACCUUUCCGGCUGACUGAAAGUCCGAAUCCAAGGUCAAGGUUCCCCGCUGCAGAGGCAGCUCCUUAUGUCCCAGUUGGGCACUUCCGCAUGCCUUGCCAUAGCAUGGCUCCUCCAGUUACAGUGAGGACAUCCAUCCCUGUUUUCUCUGCUCCACCUCUCCCACCCCCAGGUGCACGGACACAACAGCUUCCCCCUCUCAUGAGCCACCCGCCACCAAUUCGGAUGGCAUCCCCAGUUCGCAUCAGGCCAGCUCCCCCUCUCUUUACUCCUUCAGGUCCAGUCCAAGGGCCGAAAUCUAUGAUGCCUGUUCAGAUAAAGGAUGUGCAACACCAACAAAUAAAGGAAACCCGGUCACCUGUGAUGCCUGUUCAGGUGAGGGAUGCUCAACACCAGCUUCUUAAGGGAUCGCUUUCACCUGCGAUCCCCAUUCAGAUCAAGGAUGUACAAUCCCAGCCACCGAAGGAAUCGCUGUCACCUGCGAUCCCUGUUCAGAUAAAGGAUGUACAACUCCAGCCUCGGAACGAACCACUGUCAAUUGGUAAGGGGGUGGUUCCAUUGCCAGUAAUUAAGCCUCCGGUUAAGGUUGAGGGUCCAGCUCAUGUUAAGGAAGCAUCGCAAGCAGCUGCCAAGGAUGUGCCGUGUGUUGCUGCUGAUUCUGCUGUGGUGCAAUCAUCUGGUGAUACAUCACCGGAAUCUCUUCCAAAGACCCAGUCGAAGGUCGCUGAUGCCGAUAAUGGGGACGCUGAGGAUCAUCUCCCAGUGGACGCUGAAGAAGUGGAGGACAUCAUCAGGCAUCUCGAGCUCAAGUAACUUGAGAAAGGCGUCGGCGAAUGGGCGUCAUCUGCUGUCAGAUUUUGUAAUUAGCUGCCUCCUCCUGUGCACAUCCCUUUCUGUUUUAGUUUUGUUUGCCUUUGGUUCGGAUUAGGGGCGCUGGGCAAGCCGCAUUUCUAGUAGGGGACACCUAGCUUUUUGUUCAGAAGAAAAAACACAAAAACAGACAGACGUGCAGUGGUAGGCGGUUUGCCCGUUGUUUGGAGAUGGUUAUACUUCCCUGGAUAUGCAGUUGUUGGUGGUCUCUGCUUUUUACCCCCAAUGAUGAGGUGGAUAUUGUGUGCCUCUAGGGAAGGAAAUUAUGUGGCGGCAGUUUUUACAA